AACACACUGUUCUCAUUAUUACAUCACUAAUGGCUAAUGUUUCAGAUGUGUUUGUACCUCUGUGUGCAGAUGAGGAAACGAUCGCACUUCAGUCGGAACUGGAGGCUGUGGAGAAGCAGAUCCAGGAUCUACUAGAGAAGCAGACACGGCUGCGAGAACGAAAAACGGCACUGGAAACAUCCAGAGCUGACGCUCGCAAAUCCGCGGUAAAUUUUCAUCGCGAUUUUAAUACUCCUUCCACUUCUACUCCGCGUGUUUCUCUGCACAGAGCCCAGGCUUCGAGAACACAGUCAGCCCAAAUGAACUUCACUCCUGCACCGGCACAACCACGGCGAAAGGCGCGAGCUAGGACUGGAGCGAUGACCCAACCGCCGCCACCGGUCUUCGAGAUCCCGACCAGGAACCGCUUUGCCGCCCUCUGCGAGACGGAAUGCAACGCUGUGGUCAUCGGAGACUCAAUCGUCCGGAACGUACGCGCUUCCUCCACUAAAGGUAAGGUGCGCACUCAUUGUUUUCCUGGUGCCCAUGUUCUUGAUGUCUCUGCGCAGGUGCCUGCGAUCCUGAAGGACGAUGCUAAAGUUGGAGCUGUCGUGCUGCACGCGGGGGUGAAUGACGUCAGGAUGAGGCAGUCGGAGAUCCUGAAGAGGGACUUCAGGAGUCUGAUAGAGACGGUACGCAACGCAUCGCCCACGGCGAAGGAUCAUCGUAUCAGGGCCGCUUCUUACCUACCGACGAGGGAAUGAAAAGUUCAGUAGACUAUUUGCUCUAAAUAAAUGGUUGAUGUCAUGGUGUAUUGAACAGAAGCUGCUCUUUGUUGAUAAUUUUGAUAUGUUCUGGGAGCGACCUAGGCUCUUCCGCCCUGACGGCCUGCACCCCAGCAGCAUCGGAGCGGUUCUUCUGUCUGACAACAUCUCAAAGACGCUACGCACCGCUUGACUACGUCUCCCAGCGGGAGAGAUUCCGCCAGGCCCAGAUGAACGUCAUAUGCCCAUCCACAACUAGAGAUUACGCCAGCUACAUCGGAAAAUCCCGUGCCAUCCUCCUGCGAGAGCCUGCGGACUGACUGACCAUCCAGCUCCAUCCAAGGCAAUUCCAUCACCACCCAAGAAAAAGGCGACCAUCUGGCCGGCCCAGCUCAGACAAUUCCAUCCCCAACCGAGAGCAAAGACGGACUACCUGUCACAUAAAUGCUAAAUUUACAAUACUUGGUAUUUAAUGCUAAACUUACAUCACACGACAGCAGUUUGAAGUUAUGGCUGCACUCAGUGACUUUGAUUGGAGGUAGCUGGGUGGGUGUUGUAGGGAGUGGGGGGGCUUGUUGGUUGUGGUUCGGGGCGUUUCAUUUGUUGGGACUGUGUGGGUCUGGUCUGGUUGGUCUUGUUUUGUGGUCGAUGUCGGACAACAGAGAAAUAAAGUUAAUUAUGCCAUUACUACUUUUCCCUGGUUGUCCCUCUGUUGUCUGUUGUUGAUCACGGAAUGGGACCGGGUUGGACCUGCACGGUUUCGGCGGGUGGGGCUUCCUGGGUCGCGGCUCGUGGGCUCUCCCUGUUCUUCGUGGACGUUGCUCGGUGGCUUUGGUCGGGGUCACUGAGUGCAGCUAUGACACGUCAGAGGAGAUAUGGCCCUCCCGGCUGAGCCUGGUUUCUCCCGAGGUUUUUUUUUCUCCAUUAUUCAGCAUUGGAGUUUGGGUUCCUCGCCACAGCAGAGCAGUGCAGUGUUGGCUUGCUCACCGGGAGACUGCAUUUAUUUAUUUAUUAGAUAUUGUUUAUUAUAAUGAUCUU